UUUCACUUUAGACUGUUCAACGUGAGCCAUCUUGUCGCUCCUCUGGCCAACACAUUGCUAUUUGUGUCCCUUCUCUGUGGUUGUUCAGUCAGCAAAGAUGUGAGCUACAUGUUUAUUGUGUUUGUUCACUUCCCAUAACUACUAUGUGACCCAUCAUCUCAGCUGAAGAUGUACUCUACAGUUGUGCCUGCUGACUGCAUGUCUCCUGAUGAAGUCAUCAAUUCCAGCCAGCCUGAUGUUGUCAGACAGGGAUGCUUUUGUGACUUUGAUGUCAUUGCUUGCACCAGAAAUGGAAUUCUGUCACUAUUUGCAGGUAUUCUAACCAUCCUGUGUAUAUACAAGAUUGUUCGUCUACAUCAGGCCCCUCAGCAGUACUACCAUCAACUCUUGGUCUUUUACUGUGCCACGGUAGAAUGUCUCAUUGUUAUUGUCCAUUGGGUGUACAUACACUACCCUCAGCUAGAGUUAGCUGCAGAAUACAUGAAGAUGCUACAGCUGCUGAUUGUUUGUCACUUUUACCUGUCCCGCUCCGUAAGACUGCUGCGAAGAGACCACCUCAGUAUGAAGCUAGUCCUUCCUGCAUUGAUUGCCUUCUUUGCCUACUUCAGUGUUGUGGCUGUCAUUGCUAUUGUUAUGUCAAAAGACACAACUAUGGAGUGCUUUGAUCCAUACUGGGUGAUGAUGUCGGCUGUUGAAUUCUUCCUGACGCAACUGUUCUUACUGGCUGGCAUUUUGAUUACCAAGAAGAUGAAUGAAGUGACUACUUUAGAAAGUGCUAGGAGGCAACAGAAACGCAAUCUUUGGAGCAUCAUUAUUGCCUUUGAAUUGUCAUCCUUGACAACGAUGCUGUUUGACGCUGUUAUGCUGAUACUCAAUCCACAGAAUGCCAGUUGUGCAGAUAUUUACAACCGGAGCCAGAUUGUCUAUAGCAUCACCUACCUGUUCCUGAUGCUUUUCAAGAUUGUGGUGCCUAUUGUCACACUUUUAGCUGUCUUUCACCCUGUGUCUCGAUACACCGAUAGCAACCAGGAGGACUUUCUAACCAGUGAUACACAAUAUGGGGCGUUUCAAGCCCGCUUUGCAUCUCCUGGCAGCUAUCGACGCCUUUAUCAACCAGGCACAGAGGAUCAUGGCAUUCCCUGGGUACCCCCCUCACAGUAUGCCAGCCCUGCCCGUAGAACGCAGUCUUUCCCCAAGUUGCCCAGCAUUCAGGAAGAACAUGAGCCGACAAGCCUGUCACUGCCGGUAACAGCAUGAACCUUACCAAACUCUUUUAUCGAGUGGUGACAGUUGACCGAAUAUUAUAAGUCAUUUGAUGGUAAGAAUUCAUCAAUUGCUACUGUACCAAAAAAUCUUUUGAUAGGGAUAAUGCUUCCCAAACCAAUAGAAAACUCAUAUUUGAACAAGAGACAUCUACCUACGCUAAUGUUCUGGCCAGAACCUGUUAUCAUUGUAUCGAUAUUAAUUGGGGUGCUUCCUGAAGAGCCUUUUUCAUUUAUACUAAUUUUGUAGCAGUUGGCUUAGUUUAUAAUUUGCCCAAAUGCCUUCAUUGUAUUUUUGAGAGUUGCGUGCCGUACUAGGCCUUAAUAAUUAUGUGAUCAACAAAACUAAUCGGAGCAUUUAUUGCAAGAGUUGCAGUAGUUGGUUGUGAGGGGGAAAUGUACUAUACUGAAGGCCUUUUUAUAAGUCAUUGUGUACAAACUUGGAUUAUCAGAGCUAGUAUUGCCAGAACUUGAGUGUCUCAAGUGUACUAAGUGUUCAGUUAAUUUGGAUUUUUCCCUGCCCGAUGUGUAUUAUACCCCUGUAUGCUCAGUUUUUGCCCCCGAAGGUUUGUGAAAAACUACAAGCAUACUCAGGUGGGACUCGAACCCAUGACUUCCUGCUUACUAGUGCAGACAUCUUAACCACUCAACCACAGAGCUUGCCAAUGUUGGCUGGCUGGUUCGAGUCAGAUGUAGCAGCGGGUAUCGUAGUGUUCAGCUCACACAGCCAGUAAAUCCUUGCUUCCAUGAAGAGGACAAGUUAUCUGAUCGCUGUAACAUCAUGUCCAUGUAGUCAAUCUAACAGCACAUACAAAUACUAUAUGUCGCUCAAGCCAGUCAGUGUACCUGUGUCAGAAGAACCAGUAAAGUAAGAUAGAUGUCAGCCCCUUGCAAGACCCAGUAUCGAUUGCUCUGAGAAAUGAUACUGCUGCAUCACAAACAGGGAUAGAUAUGUCCUCCUAAAGUAGCCAGGUUUCAGGCUUUCUUUAAAUUUUGGAUAACAUUUCUUGUAUAGCUGAACUUCAGGCAAAAAGUCAGCCCCUGCCAACAUCCAUGCACAAACGUGAAUGGCAAUAUUGUUUUCUUAGGUAGUCUCUUACAUUCCAUGUUGGGCUUUUGUUUUCUUUGGGGGCAGUCAAUCAUCCCAAAAUAAAGUGUUACUGCAAAAGGCAUUUUUUUUAAUAUGUAAAAGCAAGGUCCUCUCACCUUCGAUCCAAAGAUUCUGGAAAGACAAACAGCAUUUUGUUGCUUGUCUCUGACAAAAAUCUGUUUUUGAAUUAUGUGCAAGUCUUAUAUGUUCUUACACAAAAAAAGCUGUUGGGGCAGGUUUUUUUACCCCCCAAGUUCUUCAACCUUGCAAUCGUGCUUUGACCCAACCAAGCAUGACGCAUUAAUACAUCAACCGCAGAAAUGAAAAACAGUUCUUAAAUGAGAGUAUAUGUCUUGUGUGGAAUAAAUACAGAAAAGUAUGUGUGUGUGUACACGUCAUACAGAGUCAAGUGGUUAUAACUGUUACCAUUUUUGAACAAAACAUGAACUAAAAAAGGUCAGCAACUAUUAAUGAGCUGCACUAUGCAAGUUACUUGUCAGUGUUCUCAGCAUGAAAAAGAUCAUGGACCACAUAUACGUAUGAAUUUCAGUUCAGUAGUGUUUGGAGUAAUACUACAAGUAAUCAGACUUUGUCUUUUUUCUGACAUCACAAACUCUGUGAAGUUGGCCCGGUUCAUUGCCAGUGGAACAUUUAGAACCCUACAUUAAGUACAGUUUACAGCUAACUUUCAAAUAUUCAGAGGCAUUUUUAGGUCACAAAUGUAUGUAUUCUAUUUGUGUUCUCAGCAUGGGACCAGCAGCCAAUUUCACGAAACGUGACAUACUCUUGAACCAUGCAUAAGCCUUGCCCCAUAAAUUUAUGCUGUAGGUGUGCAGUAAAUUUACGUUUCAUUUCACAAAAAGAUGCACCAUGUUUUAAUAAUAUUAAAUUUCUUGGACAAGGAUGAUAACAGCUUUUGUGAUGGCUGUUUCUUUCAAAUACCACAACAGUCAUCAAACAGCCGUUGAAUAACCUCCACCCCUCAUUUUGAAAAAUUUUCAUCUUUGAUGGAACCGAAGAGAAAUUCUCGCAGUUCCCUCACAGCCAAGCAAGUUUUUCACUACCUUCUAAAAACAAAGUUGAAUGUUUCUCAUAUUUAGCUUUAAGAUCAGCAAUGGUGAGGUUGAACCAAACAUGAUGAGUAAGUCAAAUUGUUAUUUUCACUUUGUUUGGUGCAACCAAAAUAAAUUUUUGGCAUAAGUCACAGAGUUACGGCGUAAGUUUCGUGAAAUCGCUCUUCAUUUGUUGUGCAACUUAUGCAAUCAAAUGUGGUGUAAGUUGAGUUACACCAUUGCAUAAAAUUUCUUGAAAGCGGCUGCUGAUCUAGAGCCAUUUUGUAUGUAUGUACUUUUGAAUUUGAGUGUGAUGAUAUUGAUUUGUUCUCGAUUGGAUAUACCAUCAUAUUGUAUAAAUAGAGGGUGAGCAUGCCAGCUGAGAACUUUUAAAAAUAUUUUUCGUUUGUAAAUCCUGAGUAAGUUUAGGAAAACCACUACGUUUUGUACAUCCAUGAGGAUUGAAAAUAUUGAAAAAUAUGUUAAUAAUCAUAAACAUUAAAUCUCUUUGCCUGUACAGUAUUUAAAAUAUUAUAAACUUCUUUUAUUCUUGAGAAAUUGAUUCAAGUUCAACUAAAUGAGUACUUUUAUAUGAAAAAAGGACAAUUGAGUACAUAUAUGCAGAAAAUAUUGCCACCAAGUAAUGUACUGAAUUGCCAACAAGAGCACAGGAAAGGUGAUCAUUGCGUUGCCAUUUCUGGAAAGAUCCCCAUGUUCAGUGCUUUUAACUUGGGCUUAAUUUCAAAGAACUGCAUAAUUAAUGGCUAAUUAUGAAGUAACAUGUUCUCCAUCCACUUGACAGAAAAUUUAAAGCAAUCAGCACAGUACAAACAUGCCUAAAACCCAGACAAUCAGAGCGAAAAAGUUGCCGAAAUCAAGGACGUUGCAAGAGAAUCUUCAUGCUUGGACAACUAUUAGCAUAUCCAUGCCAUGAAAGAGUGAGCAGCAUCAUUUGCUGCUGUAGUAAGUUCAACUUCCAUGCUGUUAGGCAACACUAUGAAAUUGACUUGUGAGACAGUGACAGCAGAAACAGAGCAAACAACAAAAAGCUAACAAUUAAAGUUUUGAGUUCCAUAUUUUAUAAUCAAGUUCCACUUAAUAGAGAAAGUUGCUUACGUUUAGCACCUGUUUCUAUUACAGUCUCGCACACUUUGGUUGAGACUCACAAAGAUAUGCACAAUGGAGACUGCUUGUUUAGUCUGCCUUAUUUUGACCAUAACUUGGAUAUAGCUGGCUGGCAUUUUGCAGUGAAAUGGAGGUACAUAUGAAUAAGACCUUACUGGGAAAAUACAAAAAAGGAUGAGAAAGCCUUGUUGCUAAAAGGACCCCAAGGAUGACUGCUUGCUUAAAUGACAGAGUACAAUUUGUACCCUUCCCCUCCCUCCCAAAAAUCUUCCAAUCGACUUCCACUGGUCACAUGUGAGUCCAGUGGUAAAUCCCAGCUUUCAUUUGAAAGGGAAUAGCUGAGGGAAAGCCAGCCAACACAGGCAUUGACUGAAGGCAAUGGACUUGAGAUGUACAAUGUAGUAUGAUGUCAUUUUAGGAAAGAAAACUUGCAGUUGGUUCCAGUUUUUAUGCAAGCAUGUAGCAUUUGCUGAACUAUAACAGGUGGGACAGUAGCCUCUGUCAUCCUCAACUUGAAACUUCCCUGAGAGUCAAUGUUCAAUGUGUUCAUUAUCAAAGCAAGUUACUGUCAGUUGUGAAAAUUGCAGAGAUGAUCAAGAAGAUGUAUCAAAUGGAAUACUUUUUGCGACAUGCAUGUUGACAAAUUGCUUAUGUAUAGAGUAAAUUGUCCAUAUCUGUUGGGUCACCUACACAUAUGCUAUUCAGAUGGUUAUUUUUCAAAAUUCCAAGGAUUAAGCAUUACUGUUGAGUCGCAGAAAAUUAAUUAGCUCUUCUAACUUCUUUAUAUGUAUGUUUAAGUACUGCACUUUGUUAUAUUUGGAUUAGAUAUAUUUUUACUUUUUUUGUAAAUAUACUGUGGGAACUCAGGCAGCUUGUUUUAAAAAAGGUUUCAGAAAACCAAUUUAUGAAAAUAGUUAUGAAGAAAUGUAUAUAUAAAUAAAGCUUAAUAGUAAUAUGUGGCAAAAGUGAAUUGUGUCUUGCCCCAAACCCAUUCGUUGAAAACAUGCUUGGUGAUUUUCAGGUAGUUGCAAUUUUACUGCUUGAGUUAGUACAUGAUAAAAUAAUUAAAACCUUGCACUUUUGGUUUGUUGAAGCAAAAUUUUGCAUUAUUUUUAACCACUGUAGUACAGAGGUGUCGCAAGCCCGUUUAAAUCAUGUGUACAUUCAAAAAGUUGUUUUUUUAAAUCAGUUUUAUAUUAAGGUAAUUAUUUCAUUUAUACUCAUUCAUAAAUUAUGAUUAUUUCAAAAUUAAUCGUUGUGGUCUAAUAAAUUGGAGAUCACACGA